AUGGUUAUUCUAUUCACAUUUGGAAUGAUUGAUGGGUCCCUGGUGUACCUGUCACCAAUUGUAACCGUUAUUCUUGGAUGUAGUUUCAGCAUCUUUUCUAGGGAAGACAAGUUGGGGUGGGAUGGCGAGCCCAAUAGUGAGGUUUCUGUGAAGUCAGCCUAUUAUUUGGCUAAUCAAUUGGGGCGGCAGGGCGAGGUCCGGUCCCAGGAUGCUUCAUCUUUUGUGCCUAACCAAAACUUUGUCUAUGGGAUAGUUGUUGAGGUUGUGUGCCCCAGGUGUGGUAUUGAGGAAGAGUCCAUGGAACAUAUGCUUUUUAUUUGCCCUCAUUCUAUCCAGAUUUGGAAAUUAUUGCCUUUAAGGUUUGAUUUUAUGGUAGAACCCCCUUCCUCAUUUACGAAUUGGUGGAUGACAUUAGUAAGGAAGUCGGCGUCUAAGGAUGAGGGUCAGGAUGUGUUGGGUCUGGUGGCCUACUGUUGCUGGGGUAUUUGGAAGGCUCGGAAUAAGUUUGUUUUUGACGGGCAGCUUUCUGAUCCUUCUAGGGUUGUUUUGCUGGCUUGCUCUUCUUUUUGGGAGUUUAAGGAAGCCUCUUGUUCCCUAACUCUCACUUUGACCUCUUAUAAGUAUGGUCCUGAUUCUGCUUUGUUUUCCCAUCCUUCCCCUUCCCGUUGGUUACCACCAAUAGAUGGUAUUGUUAAAUGUAAUGUGAAUGCUUCAUUUUCAUCUUUUACCCAAGUUGGGGGUGGGGGUGCUAUUUUUCGGGAUUCUCGUGAAAUCAUUCUGCAAGCGGUGAUUUUUUCUCCUCUUUUGGCUUGUAGUGCUAUGGCCGAGCCUAUUUGUUUUCGUAAAGCGGUUAUGUGGGUUUUAUCUUCUCCUUAUAUCCAGGUGUGGUUUGAAUGUGAUUCGUUGUUGGUGGUCCUGGCGGUGAAUAGAGUUGCUUGUGGACCUGUUGAAAUUCAUUCCAUUUCGUUUGAUGUUCAAGUGGCUCUUAUGCGAUUCUCCUUUUCUAGACUUAGUCAUGUCCUUAGACAUGGUAAUGGAGCCGUUCACGCUUUUGCCCAGCUUUCACACCAGCACAUUCAAGAUGAUUUUGCUAUGGUUCAUAUUCUUGGUGAUAUUCUUGACCUGGCAGCCAACGAUUGUUUGUUUUAA